AUGGGAAGGCAAACACGCGUGAUUGUACCACGUGACGUGCGCUCCCUCUAUAUAAAGGAGGGAACAGACGGCACACCGCAUCUGCUCUUCACGGAGGGGACUGCUUUUGUCGCCUUCAGCCAAGUCCCUGGAUCGUCUAUCCGAGCUUUUCAUUGUUCGUGGAAAGAAAAAGGUAUAAUGUCGUACCCGCUUACGCUGCACAUCAUUGGAGGCCAAGGUGGAAAUGCAUUCUCGUUUGAUGGGAGGAGCAAUGCGGCCACGCUGCAGAAAAUCUCCGUGAGCGUUGGAGGCUGGCAAGUGAGGGGCGUGGAGGUGUGGCUGACUGACGGGCGAAGGCAGAAAUUCGGCACCGUGGACUUCUCCGCUCAGCAGUUUGAAUUCCAGUCGGGCGAGUUCAUGUCGCAGCUCUCCCUGUGGGGCAAUGGGGCCGGCACGCGUCUGGGUGCCAUCAAGUUCAGAACGAGCCGCAACCGCGAGUUCUUUGCCAAGAUGACGGACUGGAAGCUCCAGACCGAGUACAAGAUCGACGUGGGCUCUGGCAUCUGCUUGGGUGUUCAGGGCCGCGCGGGGGCCGACAUUGACUGCAUGGGCUUCCUUUUCAUCAAUGCUGUCAAGUCGUCGGUGAUCCAGAACAUGAAGUACCCAACAAUGCACCAGGUUCUGCCUAACGUGCAGAUGGAGGAGAUUAAAGAAAUGGAGUACACGAACAACACCAGCGUCAUGCAGUCUUACACGUUCGAGAGUUCCAAGAAGAUAACCAAAACGUCAUCGUGGUCUACGACCAACAAGAUCGAGUUCACCUUCAGCCUGACCGUCUCGGCAGGCAUCCCUGAGGUCGUGGAGGUGGAGACCGGGUUCAGCUUCACCUUGAGCUCGGAGACCACGCACGCAUUGGAGGAGUCUGAGGAGCGGAUGGAAACUCUCACGUUCCCUGUCUCGGUUCCUCCGCACAAGACCGUCACUGUUGUCGCCAAAAUCGGGCGUGCAAACAUCGACCUCCCGUACACGGCCCUGCUGCGCAUCACCUGCAUGAACGGCGCUCUCUUUGACGUUCCCCUGCGUGGCGUCUACAAGGGGCUCACCUACACCAAAAUGACCGCCCGUGCUACUGAGAAAUAG